AUGAAGAACUUAAUAUGGGUGAGGUUAGCGACAAUUUUUCUUGUUUUAUUUGGCAGAGUAUCUAAUAUUGCAAUUGUAGCAAAUGCCAAUGCAGUAUAUCCUGCAGUGUUUGCAUUUGGUGACUCAAUCUUUGAUACCGGAAAUAAUAACAAUCUUGCAACUGCUUCUAAGUGUAAUUUUCCUCCCUAUGGAAGGGAUUUCUAUGGAGGAGCUGCCACCGGUAGAUUCGGUAACGGCAAAGUUCUAUCAGAUGUGAUAACGGCGGCUAUGGGAGUGAAAGACACGUUACCAGCCUACCUAAACCCACAAUUAACGGCUAAAGACCUUCCUACCGGAGUAUGCUUUGCAUCAGGCGGUUCAGGAUUAGACGAUUUGACAGCAAACGCGCAGGGAGGAGUUUUAACCAUGGGAGCUCAACUGAAUCUGUUCAAACAAUACAUAGAAAAACUGAGAGCAGCAGUUGGAACACAUAAAUCAUCAAAGAUCAUAUCGAAGGCGUUGUUUAUAAUAUCAGCAGGAAACAACGAUGUUGCAUUCGCUUAUUCUUUUACUAUUAGAAGAACUUUGGUUUUCAAUGUAUAUGCGGAUAUGUUAGUUGAAUCAAGUCAAAAUUUCCUAAAGAGUCUAUAUCAACUGGGAGCACGACAUGUGUGGGUUCUAAGUACAAUACCAUUGGGCUGUUUACCUGCAGCUAGGUCUACAUUCGGGGGAUCAUUAAGGGCAUGUGUAGAUUUUGAGAAUGUAUUGGCACAAACAUUCAAUGGCAUGUUAUCGUCUUCGGUUUCCAGCCUCAAGGCCUCUCUUCCAGAUUAUGAUGUUAAGUUUGUUGAUGUUUAUACUCCAAUGCUUGAUAUCAUAACGAAUCCUUCUGCAUCAGGGUUCCAAAAUGUGAUGAAUGGAUGUUGUGGAAGUGGAACAUUUGAAAUGGGAACAUUUUGCAACAGGUUCACUUUCCAAUGUCCAAAUACUGCAGCCUACUUUUUCUGGGAUGUUGCUCAUCCUUCAGAGAGAGCUUAUCAACUCACUGUUGCUAAACUAUUACAUGCUCAAAACUAUGAUCUCACUAGUCACCAUGUUGCCAAAGCUCUUCAUCCUUUGAAUGUAUCAAAUAUUAAUUUUAAUAACUAA